AUGUCUAUAGACAAUAAGAAGGCUUACAGAGAAAAUUUAAAGAAAGUAUCAGCAAUUUUACAAGCAAAUAAUUACCCAAGAGCCUUUAUAGAAAAACAUAUGAAAUCACGGUUGAAAAAAUUAAUGUACCAAUCUGCGAACUGUCAAAGAAUAGAGUGUCACACGUCAACUAAAGGAUUUGUAGUAUUGCCCUACGUAAAAGGUGUUGAUCUAGUUCUUAAAAAAUAUCUAAAUAAAAUAAAUCUUACAGUUAUUUUCAAGUCUAUUAAUAAAUUAAAAGUAUUAAAUGAUCUGGGCAAAGAUAAGAUUAAUAACCUUGAAGGACAUUUCACUGUAUACUCUUUCAAGUGUAAAGAUUGUGAUAAAAGUUACGCUGGCCAAACUAAAAGAAUACUUGACAUUCGAAUUCAUGAACAUAUGAGAGAUUGCAAAAAUAAAAAAGAGUCCUCGGCUGUGUAUAUGCAUAUAAAGAACAGUGGACACACCUUCGAUUUUGACUCGGUACGGGUGUUGGAUCGAGAAUCUUCUCUUCACAAAAGGUUAGUUUCAGAAAUGGUUUAUAUUACAAAAUUCGAUNAUUGCAAAAAUAAAAAAGAGUCCUCGGCUGUGUAUAUGCAUAUAAAGAACAGUGGACACACCUUCGAUUUUGACUCGGUACGGGUGUUGGAUCGAGAAUCUUCUCUUCACAAAAGAUACAAAUAA